AUGGUGAUGAUCGAGGCGAGGGAGGUGUCGCAGGACGACGAAUUGAGGGAGAAGACCGCUGAUAUUGACGCCCGGUCGUUGGAUUCAAUGCGUAGGGCCGAUGAUCUGGCGCCAGGUGAUGUUUGGGAUGAGGGAGACGCUGAGGUCAAGUACAGGCAGGCAGGCAGGGUCAAUGUUGAUGGUCACUGUGAGGUCUAA